CCCUUGUUUUAUAGGAAAGGGUUCCUGAAGCCUAUCUUAAUUGGGAGGAGGAGAUGGAAGACUUCUUUGAAGAUUAUUAUUAUUCAGAUUGGAAAAGGGUGCAAAUUGCUGCUAUGACAUUCACUCAUUAUGCUCAUGAAUGGUGGGAUCGAUUGUGUUCAUCAUGGAGACAAGAUGGCAGUGGACAAGUAGAAUCAUGGGCAACAAUGAAGCGGGUCAUGAGAAAGAGAUUUGUACAUGAUGAUAUAUGAUGACUACUAUACGCGAUCUUUCCCUUCAUGAGAGAUCAAGUUAAGUAGGCAAACUACUUAUCAUAAAAAGGAAGUUCCGGCACCUAUAAUAUCUCCAAAGAGCACAUCACAACUUUCAAGUGGUUGGAAUCUCUUCACGAAGAGAUAUUGGGAUGCUUAGCUAGAGUAAAGGAGCUAAUGGAAGAAGAGAAAAAUAAGAAAGAGAAAGAGUUUCAAGCCAGAGUAGAAAAUGAAGUCAAAGGAGAAGUGGAAGCGAAAGAAGAGGUUCUUAUUGAUGGACUUACUCUAGUCACUUGUGAAGAGGAUGCACAAGCUUUGAUUUCAUCUCAAGAAGAAUCAAAACUUGAAAUAGAAGAAUUACAAGAGGCAGAAGAGGUGAAAGAAGAUAUUCUUGUUGAUGUUCCAGAUUUGAGUGCGCCAGAAGUUGAGCAAUACAAUGAGGAACAAGAAUUUCAUGGAGAAGAUGAAGCUACCAAAGUCAUGGAGCAUUUACCAAUUGUUCCCACAUAUGUUCAUGUUGAUUUCUUCAUUCGGGAUACCAAUUUUGAAGAGGAAGCCCACUUAGAGCAUCGACAAGAGAUUCAGCGCUGCGUAGAGAGCUUUCAUCACAAUGGCGUCUCUACAAUUCGUGGUCGAGUUAUCUUCAAGAAGGGGGGGGGGGGGAAUAAUACGAUUCUCACGACGAAGACAAUUUUGUUGGAAGACCAAGAAGGAUGGUGGUGAUCGGAGAUCAAAAUUCUGCAAAGAUUCGAGGUCGAAUCUUCUUCAAGAGAGUGGGAAUGAUGUGAUAUCGACUAGCGCGAUAUUUAAUUCCCAUGGUCCAAAAAUGAAGAUUCAUAUUCGACGAUUUAAGGAUCAACAAGGAGCAUUCUUGAUGGAUAAAAUGGAGAAUGCAUUAAGGAUCCGGCCUACAACAUUUCUUGGAGCCCAAAACGUCCAUCCUUGCUGCCCAAGUCGUCCAAAUGUGAAAAGGACAAGGAAAGAGAUUGCUUAAUCACUAAGGAGCUUCCUUAAGCAUUAAAAACGUGUUUGGAGA